AUGGAAAGAGGAAAGUGUGUGCUGUGGAGGAUAGUACUGCUGGUUUUGGCAAUAUUGACAGAGGGUUCUCACUCAACUCUCUCUCCUUCUGGUGUGAAUUAUGAAGUCGUGGCUUUAAUCGCGAUAAAGAAUGCUUUACAUGAUCCUUAUAAUGUCCUAGAGAACUGGGAUGCCAAUUCUGUGGAUCCUUGUGGUUGGAGAAUGAUCACUUGUUCAUUAGACGGUUUUGUUUCUGCUCUAGGGCUGCCUAGCCAGAGCUUGUCUGGAACCUUAUCACCUGGAAUAGUAAAUCUCACCAACUUGGAGUCUGUGUUGCUGCAAAACAACGAAAUUAGUGGUCCUAUUCCAGCUGGCAUUGGCAAGCUUCAAAAGCUUAAGACACUCGAUCUCUCUAACAACAUGCAUACUGGUGAAAUGCCAAGUUCUUUGGGGGAUCUCACUAACUUGAAUUAUUUGCGGCUCAACAACAACAGCCUUAGUGGAUCCAUUCCCGACUCUCUUUCCAAUAUUCAAAGUCUCACCCUUGUGGAUCUGUCGUUCAAUAACUUCAGUGGUCCGUUGCCAAGACUUUCUGCUAGAACUUUCAAAAUAGUAGGGAAUCCUCUAAUUUGCGGGCACGCGUCUCAAAACAAUUGUUCCAUUGUCUAUCCAGAGCCGUUAUCCUUCCCGCCGGAUGCCGUUAAAGGCAAGUACAAUAAAUCUGAUUCCGGGGCAAAACAUCACCUUGCCAUUGUCUUUGGGGCAAGCUUUGGUGGUGUCUUUUCAUUUGUGCUCGUUGUUGGUUUGCUCUUUUGGUGGCGGUACAAGCGCAAUCAACAGAUUUUUUUUGAUGUUAAUGAGCAAUAUGAUCCCGAGGUACGCUUAGGUCACUUAAGAAGGUACAGCUUUAAGGAACUCCGAGUGGCAACUGAUCAUUUCAACUCGAAGAACAUAUUGGGGAAGGGAGGAUUCGGAGUCGUGUACAAAGGCCGUUUGAACAACGGGACUUUAGUGGCGGUUAAACGCUUGAAAGACUACAAUGCUGCGGGUGGCGAAAUCCAGUUCCAGACUGAAGUCGAGCUCAUCAGCUUGGCUGUCCACAGGAAUCUACUCAAGCUCUGGGGGUUCUGCUCGACUGAGAAUGAGAGGCUCCUUAUUUAUCCUUACAUGUCUAAUGGCAGUGUGGCUUCUCGACUGAAAGAUCAGAUCCAUGGACGGGCGGUGCUGAAUUGGGCACGGCGCAAGAGGAUAGCAGUGGGCACUGCCCGGGGGCUCGUUUACCUGCAUGAGCAGUGUGACCCGAAGAUCAUUCACCGGGAUGUAAAGGCAGCAAAUAUCCUAUUGGAUGAGGACUUUGAGGCAGUAGUUGGGGACUUUGGGCUUGCGAAGCUGCUCGAUCACCACGAGUCCCACGUCACCACUGCAGUGAGAGGCACCGUCGGCCACAUUGCUCCCGAGUACCUCUCCACUGGCCAGUCCUCUGAAAAGACUGAUGUGUUUGGUUUUGGUAUCUUGUUGCUCGAGCUCAUCACCGGCCAAAAGGCAGUCGACUUUGGCCGGGGGAGCACCCACAAAGGGGUCAUGCUCGACUGGGUGAAGAAGCUCCAUCAAGAAGGGAAGCUAAACCUCAUGGUGGACAAGGACCUAAGGUGCGACUACGACAGGAUCGAAUUAGAAGAAAUGGUCCAAGUGGCACUCCUUUGCACUCAGUUCAACCCUUCUCAUCGACCUAAAAUGUCGCAAGUUUUAAGAAUGCUCGAAGGCGACGGCUUGUGUGAAAAAUGGGAGCAGAUGCAAAAUGUCGAUCCUCAGAGAUACCGUUCGGCUGAAGAUUCUUCUCAAAGAUAUGUCGAUUAUAUAGAGGACUCGUCCCUUGUGGUUGAAGCUAUGGAACUCUCGGGUCCGAGAGUAACUCGUGCGCCGUGCAUGUGGCCACUGCCUGGUGGCUUGACGCACGUGGUAGCUCCAACGACGGCAGCACGAGCUUCGGCCGUGCGUGCCUUACUCAAGAAAGUUGACAAGGUGGACACGACUGUGGCACAACGACUCUUAAAGAUGGUCACGGUUGUGCGUGCCUCAUGCGCGUGCGCUAGCGUACUUGACCAAGUCCUCAGGCGACGCGGUUGCGAUACCCAGAAACUUCGCCACUCACGAUGA